GCAGAGCACACGCCUCGCCAUUUCACCCCAGACCAGGCACUGCCAUGACAUCCGAGCUGCUUCUUCUGCUGGCCUUUGUGAUUCUGAGUCCAGGGGAGCCAUUUCUGCCUCCGCCUCACAAGCCACCCAGGAGAGAACAUGAUGGGAAACCACCCAGUGAGGAGCCUUGCCAUUUCCCUUUUCGCUAUCAGCGCAAAAUGCACAACUCCUGUCUCCCAGGUAGUUUUCUCAGUCCUCGGCCCUGGUGUGCCACCACAGAGAACUAUGACCGAGACCAGAAGUGGAAGUAUUGCCGGCAAGAGGAAAGCCUGACAGGACUCUGCAACCCAAACCCAUGUCAAAAUGGCGGUGCCUGUGAAGCUAGGAUGAACGGAUUCCACUGCAUCUGUAGGCCUGGUUUCCAUGGAAGACACUGCGAGAAAGGAAGCUGCUUUGGAGCAGGAAGACCCCCACACCUCGGCAAGAAGGAUACCUGGUUGCAGUACCGUCCGCCUGCUGGACUACAGGAGUGUCGCUGCCUUGGAAAUAACAUUGCUUGCAAGCCAGUGCAUGGCAAAGCGUGUGCAGCAAAUCCUUGCUUGAAUGGGGGCCACUGUAUAGAGCUGAAAGAAAACCAGGUCUGUGGCUGUCCUGAAGGGUUUUCUGGGCCACUGUGUGAUGUAGAUCACCAUGAGAUGUGCUACAGUGGGAAUGGACACCUGUACAGGGGCACAACUCAGAGCACUGCCUCAGGGUCUCCAUGUGUGCCCUGGGAUUCCCCCUUCCUGCUUUUUGAGUACUCCAGUGAGUUGCUCAACGCAGCCAGCCUGGGCCUGGGGGCGCAUCCCUUCUGCAGGAACCCAGAUAAUGACAGCCAGCCGUGGUGUUACGUGCUGCACAACAUGCAGCUCACCUGGGAAUUCUGCAAUGUCACGCGCUGUGAACCUCAAAUCUCAGGGGCCAUGGUCCUGAAGGAGGACGGGAAACAUUCUGAGUCAGCAGAGACAUUCCCAAACAAGAACGACAGCAGCAGCACCACCAUGACUGAGGCAACUGCCAUGGCUCCGGUUUGUGGGCAGCGCUACACAAAGACCACCUCCUCACGCAAACGUGUGGUGGGGGGCAUGGUGGCCCUUCCUGGUUCUCAUCCAUACAUGGCUGCCCUGUACAUUGAAGACCAAUUCUGUGGAGGAAGUCUCAUUUCUUCUUGCUGGAUCCUCACUGCAGCUCAUUGUUUCGAGUUCAGGCCAGCUUUGUCCAAGAUCUCAGUGGUGCUGGGCCAGACCAUCUAUAACACCAGCACUGACAGUUCUGUCACUCUCCAAGUGAAAAAUUAUCGGCUGCAUGAGAAUUAUUCUCCAAUCACUAAGCGACAUGAUAUUGCACUGGUACAACUGAAGGAGACGACACCAGAGCACUGUGUUGAGUUUUCACACUCCAUUUCGCCUGUGUGUCUGCCCCGUUCCAUGAAGACAACCUCUGAUGCCACCAGCAAGCAGUGUCACAUUGCAGGGUGGGGACAUAUGUAUGAAGGAGCUGACCGACUGUCUGUGUAUCUGCAGGAGGCAGAUAUGCCCAUCAUUCCUCAUGAGCAAUGCACUUCCCGGGAGGUGCACGGGGAUCGCGUCACGCAAGACAUGCUUUGUGCUGGAUACCUGGAUGGAAGAGCUGAUGCAUGUCAGGGAGAUUCUGGUGGGCCUCUGGUAUGUGAGGAGCAGGACGGGGCCACCUUACAUGGCAUUGUCAGCUGGGGCACAGGCUGUGCACACGAGAACAAGCCUGGGGUCUAUACCAACGUCAUUCACUAUCUGGACUGGAUCCAGAAGAACAUGCAUUAGCAAGCUGGAGGGUACAAUUCCAACCCCCCAAAUGUGUGCAUGUUGUCUUCUUUGGUUCAGAGGGCUCUUUCUCCAGCUCUUGUUGCUUAUUUUGUGUAAGAGCAAUUCGACCAAGCAGCAAUGCAAAGACUGAUAAUCACCGGGUUGAAAAUAUAAAUAAAUAAAGGUUGUCUAUGUGAUUUACCAUGUCAUAAACCAGA